CAGGUGGUUGCGUGCCGUUGGGACCAAAAGCACCCCCCCCGCACACACACCCUUUGCCUAUCUGACCAUGGCGACUGCUGUGGCCUCGGCAGAUCAGCAGGCGAAGGCGCUAUCCCUGGCGAAGGUGGUUGCGGACGCCCAAGAAAAGACCAAGAAGUAUCUGGGCAGGAUCGAGGCCGCGGUUGAUGACUCGGCUCGCCAGUGCAUCGCGGAGUCUCGGCUGGACCAGCAGCUUGUCGGGCACAGCAAGAGGACCGUCGGAAAGGUGAGGGACACCUACAUCUGCGACGACGCGAUCGUCCUCGUGACCACCGACCGACAGAGCGCGUUCGACAGGCAGCUGGCUAGGGUGCCCUUCAAGGGGGCGGUCCUCAACCAGACGAGCGCAUGGUGGUUCGAGAAAACUCGACAUAUUGCUCCCAACCACCUGCUUGGAUCGCCGCACCCCAAUGUCUGCGUCGGAAAGAAGUGCAAGGUUUUCCCGAUCGAGUUCGUGAUGCGCGGCUACCUCACGGGCUCCACUUCCACCUCCAUAUGGAAGAACUACGAGAAGGGAACCAGGGCGUACUGCGGACACACCCUCCCGGAGGGGAUGUCCAAGAACCAGGCGCUGCCCAUGGGCAACAUCCUGACGCCUACGACCAAGGACGACUUGCACGACGAGCUGAUUAGCGCGCAGGAAAUUGUUUCCUCGAACCGGAUGUCGCAGCAAGACUGGGAUGAGUGCAGCCGGCUGGCCCACGCCCUGUUUCGGUUCGGGCAAGAGGCGGCAGCAGAACGGGGCUUGAUUCUCGUGGACACCAAGUAUGAGCUGGGCAAGGAUGCCGACGGGAACAUCAUUCUGGUUGAUGAGAUACACACCCCGGACUCCAGCCGAUACUGGGUGAAGGAGACGUACGAGGGGAACAUCUCGCAGGGCAGAGAACCGGAGAACAUCGACAAGGAGUUUCUCCGACGUUGGUACACGCAGCACUGCGACCCUUACAAGGAUGAGACUGUUCCUGAUGCUCCCAGGGAGUUGGUGGCAGAGCUGUCGCGGCGGUACGUCAUGCUCUACGAAAUCAUCACGGGGCAGGAUUUCGUGUUCCCGAGCGAGGACGGGCCUCCCGUGGACGAGCGAAUGUCGUCGUCCGUGUCGAACUUUUUGAAGUCCCAUCGGGAGGCGUGACAAGGACUUCCCGUGCUUUUUUGUCCAUGCGUCCGUGCUUCGAGUCCACGUGUCGUGUGCGUGGGGCAUGCGAUGGCCCGGAUUUUGUCGGACUCGAUACGUUUGUCAAGGAACACCGAGCGAUGCUGUGUGUUUGGAAGGCUCCCUACCUAGGUCGGCGCCCGGUGGUGCUUGCAAUGUAAAAAAAGAAGAUGGGAGCGAUGUAUGUAUGCCGUUGAAGCGUUGGGCUAUCUCAUCCUUCUGGUUUUCUUG